AUUCCGACAGUGACUUGUCACCUGGGCUGGGUUGUGCUAUGUGCUGCUGUUUGUGACUGUUCCUGCAACUGCAGCAAAAAGUAAACAAAGGGGGGAUGAAGUGUUUCGUUCGUUCAUGUGAGCAUAGUAACUAAAUAAUGACAUAAAAGUAUUCCAUAUUACUCAAUAUGUUUUUCUCUUAGUGUUGGCGCUCCAGUUGACGUGUUAAAUACCCAAUGUUAAUUUCGAAACAUUGUUCUUGGAACGAAAGGCUAUUGAUUUGAAAGAAAUUAGGCGGGUAACGGUACGCUUCUCUGUGUAAUGGUUUUAAAAGGUAACAGAGGGAAUCUUUUCCUUCAUGGCUCUAUGCUGGCAUCAAAAUGGUUUUAGCGAAGUGCAAGUGAAAAGGUGGCUGAGCCUACUGACGUACUGAGUAAAACGUGAAACUGGUGGUUUCCCGUUCCAUCACAGCUGGAGUUGCCGUUAAUUAAAGGGGCAGCCGAGUCAACUCUGGGGCACCAUGGAAGCAGGUCUGCCAUCUGCAACAGAGGAAUUGGAUUGUGUGACAAUAAAGAUGGAGGAGAGUGACAAUUCGGAACAGGAGGAGACUGAGAAUUCUGAACAGACCAGUGUAUCUGGAAAACUACAGGAAUUGGGUGUCAUGACACCAAAGACGGAGCUGAGGGAGCAUUGCGAACAGGAUGGUGAAUCUGCAGAACCAGAGGAGCUGAACUGCGUAACAGUCAGAAGCGAGCAACCCGAUGUUGUCAGUUACAAUGUGCGACAAAAGAUCUCCCUUCCUCGGAAACAAAUUGAAGACCUUCCGGAAAUCGAACCAGUUUCCUCCCGCACCGAGGGUAGCCACAUUAACCGCCCAUCUGUGGAGCCGGAUUUUGUGUUUGUUGGAGUGAAGCAGGAGCCAUUGGAAGACCGAGAAGCUGACGAAUUCCUGCUACAGGAACCCGAGUGUAUUAUCAUGCAGGGAGAAGAUCCGUGUCACGACACCUUGCAAACCGGAGCACUACGACCCAGACAGGAACCUGAGUGUAUUAUCGUGCAGAAAGAAGUCGAUGAUGUGCGACCCAGACUUCUGGAAACCACACAGGUUCACGAGAAUGGGGCUCGGCAGAAGCCGGCACGUAACCCGGGAGGAGGAGCUGAGGAGGAGGAGGAGAUGAUUCUCGGCCUGGAGCCGGAGAUUGAUUGGGUUCUUCCAGUCGGACCUGCCAGUGAUGAGCCCUCGAGCGACCCCCUGGCUUCUGAAAGAGAAGUGAUACCCGAUUCCAUGAAUGAGGGAUUUUAUCCGACGGGGUGGAGCCACACGUCGGACGAGAACCGUCGGGCCGCUUCAGGAGAAGCAGAUUACGACCGUUCGGCUUUCGUUAGCGCGAAUGGCGGAGGUCCGUCGUACGGUAGUUUCAUUUCGAGGAGCUACAGGAGCGACGGGAAGGAAACGGUGCAGCAGGCAUUCAGAUGCGACUCGUGCUCCGCCAUCUUCUCGACCAAGUACCACCUGGUCAAUCACGUGUUCGUCCACAUCCGGGAGGUGCCUCCGCCGUCGCACGUGUGCAGGCGGUGCGGAGAAGUCUUCUGCGACACCGCGUCCCUCAUCGACCAUUCGAAGGGUCACGAGAAUAACCUGCGGGUGCCCGCGGUCUCCUCGAAGUGGAACAGGGGAGACUCCGGCAGACCUUCCGAACACCAGAAAAAGCGCAGGAUUCGGAAGCGCCCUGACACCAAGCCCCACGUCUGCGACCUGUGCGGUAAAGCUUUCCCCCUCGUCGGGAGCCUGAAGUCGCACCAGCGGACGCACUCCGGCGAGAGGCCGUACGGGUGCGACCUCUGCGGGAAGACGUUCGUCCAGGCGGUCCACCUGCGGAACCACAGAGUGACGCACACUGCCGAGAAGCGCCACUACUGCGAAUUCUGCGGGCGGCCGUUCGCUCUCCUCCACACCCUCAAGGUGCAUCUCCGGAUGCACACGGGGGAGAACCCGUACCGCUGCGAGAUGUGCGGCGAGUGUUUCAACUUGCUCGGGAAACUCAAAACACACAAGCAGAUCCACACCGGGAAGAAGCCAUACAAGUGCGACGACUGCGGUAACUGCUUCUCCGCCCCGAACAGCCUGAGGCGGCACAGGCGGAUGCACUCCGGCGAGAGGCCCUACAGCUGCGACGUGUGCGGCGAGUCGUUCAUGUGGUCGGCCACGCUGCAGAGGCACAGGCAGCUGCACACGGGGGAGAAGCCGUUCAAGUGCGACUUGUGUGGCAGUUCGUUCGCCGAGCUCGGCGGCCUCAACAGGCACAUGCGCAUCCACACGGGGGAGCGGCCGUACGCCUGCCGCAUCUGCGGUGCGUCCUUCUCGGCGACGAACCAACUGAAGCGCCACCUACACAGGCAGCACGUCGAAAACCCGCCUUAAAAGUCCGAACCGGGUCGGAGCUCGGCACUCUCGGCAAUCUUUAGUUUCGUGCGUGACGUCUCACGUUCUAAUGCCGGACACUCCUUCGCGGGCUUUGGAGACUCGGUAGCUUCUAGUUGAGCGAGCCGACCGGUUCGGACCUGUCGACGUAACAGUUGUGAGCUCGUCGGACCACUUCGUGAGAUAGCGGAGUCGUGCAGGUGUGUGUUCCGGAGCCUUUGUUGUGUAAGAGUUAGUGCUUUGCUUUAUUUAACACUCACGUCUGCAACUUGUCUAAUUCCGGUCCUCGUUCUUUGCUGUUAACAUUCGUUUUGUACUUUUGAAUUUCUGUGGCCUCUCAUCCGUCCUGACACAAUAAUGCUCGGAUCUCAAUAAAACUGUGCGACUGGAGAAGUGAAUUUGGUUCUGUCCUAGGCCCAGUGCACCCUCAGCUAUUUUUGAUUUAUCCGUGUUGCCCAAACAACAGUUGCUGUUAUGUUC